ACAACAAACCAAAACAGUCCCUCUUUUUUUGCUGCUCCCGUUCCUGACCCGCGGGGACCAACCCAACUGGACUAUUUUGGCUGGGAGGAGAAAAAGAAGAAGAGUAGUGAAUUUUUCUCCGGAUUUUGGAUCAAUAAUCCGGAUCGCUGAGGAAAAAGCAAAGGUUUUUGGAGGAUUUCUUACGUCGGAUUAUCCAAGUGUUUGUUUACCCGGAAUCGCGGAACCAUGGAGGUGGACAGCGGCUACGACGUAAACGAGACGGCGGUGGCCACCCUCGGCGCCGGUUACGCCAAGGCCAGCUCGAACAAUCUGCCCAGCGUCAGCUCCGAGAUGGUCUGGAAUUAUGUGCUGAAGCUGAUGAAGGCCGCCUCGGAGAAUCCGGACGUGGUGAAGAUACUCCAAACGGUUGCGGCCAGCAAACCGGAACACGGCGACGACUCGGUCUGCUACGUGCAGCUCAAACGCGAAGAGCGGCUGUGCGUGGUCAAGGGCCAGAUCGUGGCCGGCACCGGCGCCGACGCCAAGCUGUACCAGCUGUCGGUGGUGGUGGACGAAGAGCAGGAGCGCAUCCUGUCGGCGGAGUGCAGCGAGUGCUUCGAGAAUGGGGACUGCCGCCACGUGGUCACCUUCGUCAGCUGGAUUCACCGCAAGAGUGAAGCCGACGAGAGCAGUGAGGUGGUGUGCUUUUUCCGAGGUCCGUUGACGGCGGACCUGGAGCACGUUCCGCCGAAGCCACCGCUGAACAAGACGAAGGCGAAGAACUUUAUUCGCGAGAUUGUGCGAAUCCUGCAGACUGAGGACAUUGACUGUCCGCUUAGGUGGAACUUUUCGGCGGCGAACAAAAAGUUUGGCAAUCUUUCGGUGCACGAAAUGAUUAUGACCGCGGUGAAGAACAAGUUCGACACGGCACAGUUCUUCGAGCACGCCCACUCGACCAUUUCCGCUUCGACGGGGCUGCUCGCGGACAAGACCAAGUUUACGCCCAAGUUCAAUCCGUGGUAUUUGGAGCUGCGGUACGCGCGAAUCACCAGCGCCAAAGUGUCCGACUGUAUCAACCUUAACGUAACCCAAGCCGUACUGUACGAAACCAUCCUCGGCUGCCACAAGGAGAUCGACCCGAACGUGCAGCGCAAGAAGCUAGCCGUCCGGCAACGGCUGGAAAAGUACACCAAAACCAAGUACGAAAACUGCAAAAUCACCCUCAACCCCAACUACCCGAUCAUCUUCGACGUCCCAGACGGAAUCUGCCAGUCGCACGUGAUCGAAAUCAAGUGCCCCAAGUCGCCGGACCACAUGCAAAAGUACGUCACCGAGAACGGUUCCAUCUGCGAGAAGUACUACAUGGAAAUCCAGAUCCACAUGUACAUGCACGGCAAAACCGCGGGCGUCGUGUGCGUCGCCGAUCCGGACUUUGAAACCAACAACGAAAUCUACAUGCACUCGUUCAACCUGAACCGGAACUUUGCCGUCAACAAGCUGAACAAGGCGAUGGACUUUUGGAAGAACAUCGUCUACCCCGAGCUCAUCAACAGCUGGUCCGAGUGAGAAAAAAAUUGUGUUCGAUAAUAGUCGUGAGAGUUGCAGUCUAAAUAGUGUGUGGAGGUCGUCGCCGAAAAAAAAUUGUCCGCGUUUCUUUCUCUCAUUUUCAUAGACACAAAAUCAUACAUUUAUUCUUCCUUUUGAAAAUGAUUACAUGAUUUUCCCCUUUCUCUGUUCACUGUGCUUCUAGUUUCGUAAGGACAAUAAAUAUAGUAACGGAUUCUUUCUUUUUUUUCUUUGACUUAAGAAAAAAUAAACACUUUAAAAUAACAUUCA